CAGUUAGCGGCUAAAUGACACACCUCGUCAUUCCAACUCAACCAACAGGACUGCUGCUAUUUACUGUGACUGCUGAUGAGUUCACAUUUUUAUGACAGUCAGUGCAUGAAGACUGGAUGUGCUGCUGUCUUGGGACAAAUAGACAAGGACAACUUUCAAAACAGACACACACUCCUCCAUGGAGAUUGAAAGCAUGGUGGCGAACAGUGCUCUUAUUAAAGCCCGGGAAGGUGGAGGGAGUAAAGGCAGAAGCUGGAGAUGGAGAGAGAUGCUUCGCUUUCCUCACAUCAGUCAGUGUGUGGACCUGGCCAUGAACAUUGAGCGAGACUAUUACAGUCUAUGUGUGAAGCAGCCUAUUGGCAAGAAACUUUUCCAGCUCUUCUGUCGGAGCCGUCCUGAUCUGCAGAACUACAUAUCCCUCCUGGAUGCUUUGGACAAUUUCGACACAAAGUCGGACAAUGACCGAAGAGAGUUUGGCAUCAGCAUCAUUCAGAGAUUCUUCAUGAGUCAGAUCUUCUCCAGACUUUGUGUGAAUGACAAUGCUUUUUCUUUAAGGGAGCCCAUCAGCAAGCAGAAAUUCAGACAGUACAGACUUCUGGGGAAAGGAGGGUUUGGUGAGGUGUGGGCUUGUCAGGUGCGAGCCACAGGAAUGAUGUACGCCUGCAAAAAGCUGGAGAAGACCCAUGUGAAGAAGCGGCGAGGAGAGACCAUGGCUCUCAAUGAGAAGCAGCUCCUGGAAGGGUUGGACAGUCGAUUUGUGGUGAACAUGGCGUACGCUUAUGAGACCAAGCACGCCCUCUGUAUGGUUCUGACCAUGAUGAGCGGUGGGGACUUGAGGUAUCACAUUUAUAACAUCGGAGUUCCCGGCCUGGAUAGAGACAGAGCGUGUUUCUACGCUGCAGAAGUCUGCUGUGGUUUGAUGCAUCUUCAUCAGAAGUUGAUAUUAUACAGAGAUCUGAAACCAGAAAACAUUCUGCUGGAUGACAACGGACACAUCCGCAUCUCCGACCUGGGCCUGGCUGUGAGGCUCUCUGAGGGGAGUCUGGUGCGAGGCAGGGUGGGCACGCUGGGCUACAUGGCUCCCGAAGUUAUCGGCCACGAUCUUUAUGGGAUGAGUGCAGACUGGUGGGGCCUCGGCUGUCUGAUUUACGAAAUGACGUCAGGGCAGCUGCCGUUCAGAGCCCGAGGAGAGCAUCCAAGUACCUCAGAGAUGGAGCGACGGAUUCAGACGCAGCAGGAGGAAUAUAGUCACAAGUUCAGCAGGGAGGUGAAAGACAUCUGCUCCUUGCUGCUGACCAAGGACCCGACGCAGAGGUUGGGAUGCCUGGGGUCAAAGGGGAAAGAAGUCCAGUCACAUCCUUUCUUUAACAAAAUCAACUUCAGGAUGCUGGAGGCGGGACUGGUCCCACCUCCGUUUAAACCCGAUCCCAGACAGGUGUACUGCAGUGAUGUGCAGGACAUUGAAGAGUUUUCUACAGUGAAGGGAGUCACUCUGGACCAUACAGACAAUGACUUCUACUCCAAGUUCAACACAGGCAGCGUUCCUAUAACCUGGCAAAAUGAGGUAAUAGAGACAGGAUGUUUUCAGGAGUUGAAUAUGUUUGGCCCUGUCGGGACCCGAAGCCCAGACCUGGACUGGUCACAGGCCCCAGACAGCCCCAAACGCAGCCUGCUGAACCGAAUCUUCCGCAGACACCACACUCCAGACCCGUCAGACGAAGGCAAACAGAGCUUGUUGCCAAACGAAACCUACAUGAAGUCAGGACUACUCAGCACCGCCCUCUGAGGACUGUCACAGGAGAGACUACUGGAAAAGACAUUGACAAAAAGCAGCAUAUCCACCACUGUAACAGCAAAGGACCAUGGGAGUAGUCCACUUCUUCCCUUUAAAUCCAAGCAUAGCAUACCCCCCCCCCCCUUUAAAGCUUCAUUAGCACUUGUUUUUAGCUUCACACACAUGCACCCACACUUAUUUCCAUCUAUUUGAAAAAACAUCAUCCAUCAAUACCUUUUUGUUGAGUACUUGAAUUUUGAUACAAAUGGAAUAUGAAGCUACGUCAUAACAUUGUAUCCAGUUUUUUCCAGCCACAUGUGCCAUAAAUGAACCAGAUCUUUAUCACUGCCAGGGUUUCAUCCAAGUAUAAUGGAUAGAAAAGAAAAACAUUUUCUACCAACAAUAUAUAUAUAUUUUUUUUUUUUUUUUUUGGGUAUCAAAAAUGUAAAAAUCUUUCAAAAGUUUGUUAAAGCAUAAGUGUGAAAAAUGUAUUGGUUAUUUGUUUUGUAUGAUUGUAAACUAAACAUCUUUUAGUUUUGGUGUGUUGGACAGCCCAAGACAUUCAGAAAUGCUAUCUUGGACUUGUGAUGGGCAUUUUUAAAAUUCGUGAUAUUUUAUAGAACUAAUGGAAGAAUGGAGGAAACAUCUGUUUGUUUGAGAGGUGCACAAGACAUUUAACGUAAACGCUGCAAGGAUGGGUUGGGCUGAUGUCCUUCCGAGCUGCAGCCCCACCUAGUGACAGGCAGUUGUGUAACAUUUUAUAAUUAAACAGCAAUAUACAAGAAUAAAAUUAGUAAAAAAUGUCCUUCCAUCGACUAGUGGGGUGAGCAAUGUUGAAUCAUUUAGCUUAUUGAUCCCACUCAUCCCUUUCUGUAAGCGGAUAUAGGUGUUUAUAUAUUUGUCAACAACUUAAACUCCUCAUACAGACACCUGUCAUCAGACGCUGGUAUAUGUUAAAAAAUGAUAAUAUAGAAAAAUAUAAUAUGAAAUGUCUUCAUAGAAACUAAUUAGUGCUGUAUAUUAAUUGAUCCAGUAAAAUGUCUUAAUAUACAUUAUAUUCUUUAACUUUUAUAUACUACACAAUAAUGCUUGUGGGUUUUGAAGUAAAUGUCAGGAAGCACUUCUUAAAUGUCUAAUGCAUUCAUCUUUGUUUCUGAUGUCAUGAGUUCAACUUUGUCCUUGUAUUAUUAUUUUUUUUUUUAUUUAACUCAGAGUAUAAAACAGUAAAUAACUGACAUACAUUGCAAUACAAAUAAAAUUUGCAAAAAGACAGACCAAACUAAAGACUGCAGAAUCAACUCUUGUCUAGUCAAUGACUGUGGGGAAACGUUGAAGUGGGUCUAUUUGGCCGCAGCUAUACGCAGAACAUUAGAGGUGGAACAUGGUUCUCAACAUGUGUUGUAACUGGCCCCUGGUUCGGUCUCUAACAAGAACUUUCAAACAUACAUAUUUCUAAGCAGAGCUCCAAA